AUGGUGCCGAGCCAUGCGAGUUCUACUCGAAGCUCGGAGAAGGUUUUCAAAUCUUCUUGUUCGGGACUCUUCGAAUUUGCCGCUAGGGCUUCGCGGCUGAAUGUCCAAGCCCCUUCCAAGGAGGGCCGACAGUCAGGCGGUUCUGCCGCCAGAUUCUGGUUGGCAGACUCAGUGCGCAGAUUCUCAAAGCCACCUCUCCGCGUAUCAGGUAAGUAUUGCGACAGCGGCAUGGUUUGUCUCAUCCGGGCUUGGUCAUGCGAAAUUCUGCCCGAGAGCCAAUGCAUCACCACCAGCAGCUUUCCGCGGAGAUUCUAUGGGAGCUACGAGCAGUGCACCAUCCAG